AUGACAAGCCAUCCAUGUGCCACAAGACCAAGCAAGGGCAGCAUCAGCAAGAAAAACAAGAACAUGGCUCUCAAUCUCAAUGACAGCACCACCGCCAUCGCCAUGGCGAAGAGCGAGGUCUCGAUAAGGGAGUAUGACCGGGAACGCGACAUGGAGGCCAUCGAAAAGCUCGAGAGGAGCUGCGAAAUCGGCGCGGGGAAGGGUUUCUCCAUUGUCACCAACAUGAUGGGUGAUCCCUUGUGCAGGAUCAGGCUCUUCCAGCUCCAUGUCAUGAUGGUAGCUGAGCUCACAGGGGGAGGAGGGGAGCUCGUCGGCGUGGCGCGAGGCUGCGUCAAGCGCGUCGCCACCGGCGUCGUCGACGGCGACACCGUGCUCGCCGGCUACGUCCUCGGCCUCCGGGUGUCUCCGGUGCACAGGCGGAAGGGCAUCGGCUUGAAGCUGGUCGAGUCCGUCGAGGCGUGGGCGGCGCGCCACGGCGCGCGCCACGUCGUCGCGGCGGCCGACGCCGCGAACGCCGCGUCGCGGGGGCUCUUCGUCGGGCGGCGCGGCUACGCGACGGCGGCACGCCUGUCCAUCCUCGUCCAGCCCCUCGCCGACGUCAGGCCGCCGCCGGCGGCGGCCUCGUCCAGGAGCGACGUGAGGAUCGAGAGGCUUGCCGUCGAGCAGGCGGCGAUGCUGUACAAGCGGCGGUUCGGCGGCGAGCCGCUGUGCCCGUCCGACGUGGACGCCGUCCUGGGCGCGGCGCCCAGCCUAGGCACGUGGAUGGCGCGCUUCGCCGGCGGCGGCGGCGGCGACGGCGGCGACGGCGCGUGGGCGUGCGUGAGCCUGUGGAACACGUGCGCGUCGUACAGGCUGCAGGUGGUGGCGCCGCCGCCGAGGCCGGCGGGCGGCGGCAGGGCGCUCCUGGCGCGGCUGGCCGCCGUGGCGCCGACGCCGCCGUGGCUCAACUGA